AGGAAACUAAAGACAUUAAAAGAGCCAUGACGCGAGAGUGCAUAGUUUUCUUAUAAUCAAAACCAUGAGCAGACAGUUAGUGAAAGUUCCAGCCAGCUGAGAGAAGGGGCUGAUGUGCAGGGAACACAGACUGGACUUGAGCAAGGAAACCUGGAAGGUUUAUUUCAUGAACUGCAUCUCAGUGCCAGCUGCUUCUGUGUCACCUGAAAACCCAUUCAGGAAAAAAACAGAUUUCUUCAUGAAAAAAACUGCUGCCAAAAGAAUUAAUACUUUUUUCAGAGAUGAUGAUACAAAAACAAAUCUGGAUAAUUUCUCUUGUAAUUGUGACCUCAGCCACUGGCCCUGGAGACAAUGAUCAACAGGAUUCUGCAGAAGGGAGCAAAUAUUGGACUUGUGUUUGCAAUGAUCCCAGCUGCUCUGGGGAAACUUGUGUUGGAAGGGUAUGCUAUGUGGCUGAAAGUUAUUUGACUGAAUCUGAAGUCAUUUUCACGGUAAAGGGAUGUUACAAUAACAGCAUAAAGGAGCGUUGCAAUUCCAAAAUGAAAAAUCUAAUUGAAUUUUGCUGUGAGUCGGACUUUUGCAACAAAGACAAAUCUCUGAAUGUGAGCAAGACAACAAUGGAACGCUCAGUGGGUGCACUCCUUAUGGUGACAGUUCUCCCCUCCGCCAUCUUUGUAGUCAUCUUGUUCCUUGUCAUAGUCUGGGUUUGGAAAGCAAAACUACACAGAAGAAACAGGCUGUUGGCAAGGCCCAAUGACUUUGAUGAUGUAGACUUGCUUAAGGCAUCAGUUGUUGGUGACAGCACAUUGGGGGAAUUUCUGGAUGAGUACUGCACUACUGGCAGCGGCUCAGGACUUCCAUUUCUUGUGCAGAGGACUGUAGCUCGCCAAAUUACAUUGGUGGAGUGUGUAGGUAAAGGUCGAUAUGGAGAGGUGUGGAGAGGCACAUGGCAGGGAGAGAAUGUGGCCGUGAAGAUCUUUUCUUCCCGAGAUGAGCAAUCAUGGUUUCGAGAGACUGAAAUCUACAAUACAGUUUUGCUCAGACAUGAAAACAUUUUAGGGUUCAUUGCAUCUGACAUGACUUCUAGGAACUCCAGCACCCAGUUAUGGCUGAUCACACACUAUCAUGAUAAUGGAUCCCUUUAUGAUUAUCUUCAGAGGACUACUGUGGAUUCAGAGGGCUGCUUGAAAUUGGCUCUGUCCAUCAUUUGUGGCUUAGUGCACCUACAUGUAGAAAUUUUUGCUACUCAAGGCAAAGCCGCCAUUGCACAUAGAGACCUAAAGAGUAGAAACAUCCUUGUGAAAGACAAUAAACAGUGCUGCAUUGCAGAUUUAGGCCUGGCAGUUAUGCAUUCUCAGAACGGGGAUUACCUGGAUAUUGGGAACAACCCACGGGUUGGAACCAAGCGUUAUAUGGCACCAGAAGUCCUUGAUGAAACCAUACGCACAGAUUCAUUUGAGUCAUACAAACAGACAGACUUAUGGGCGUAUGGACUGGUUUUGUGGGAAAUAUGCAGAAGAACUGUUGUAAAUGGUUUGGUGGAGGAUUACAGGCCUCCAUUUUUUGAUGUUGUUCCUCAUGACCCAAGCUUUGAGGAUAUGAAGAAAGUUGUCUGCAUUGACCAACAGAGACCAAAUAUACCCAACACGUGGAGUUCAGACAAUAUAUUGUCUGCUAUGGCAAAGACCAUGAGGGAAUGCUGGUACCAGAGUCCAUCAGCCCGACUAACUGCUUUAAGGAUCAAAAAGGCCCUAAACAAGUUGAGAAGUUCCCUGGAUCAAACAAAGCAAGAAUGCUGAAAAGGCAUGAAAGUGGCAGACACACACAUAAACUAAGCACCAACAAGGACUGCCCUCAGUUAAUCUGGGCUCCUUCAUUAAACAAUCCUAUGCGCUGUUUAUACAAGCCUGAACACUGGAAACUUGGAACAAGCAAGCAAAGUACUUAUACUCUCUGGAAUAAGGACCUGCCUGUCUAGAUUUGUAACCAAAACCCUGAAAAUGAAAUCCAUUCUUUUAUUCGGAUCAUCCCAUGAUGAUCAGAAUUCAAACUUUAUAUUUCAGUACAUAAAGCAGUUAUAGUGUU